AUGGGAAGAGGAAAGAUAGAGAUUAAAAGGAUCGAGAACUCGACUAAUCGGCAAGUGACCUUUUGCAAAAGAAGGAAUGGACUUCUGAAGAAAGCCUAUGAGCUUUCAGUUCUAUGCGACGCAGAAGUCGCGCUCAUCGUCUUCUCAACUCGUGGUCGUCUCUAUGAGUAUGCCAACAACAACAUAAGAUCAACCAUUGAGAGGUACAAGAAAGCUUGCUCUGAUAGUACUAACACCAGCUCUGUCCAAGAGAUCAAUGCCGCGUACUAUCAACAAGAAUCUGCGAAGCUGAGGCAACAGAUCCAAACGCUUCAAAAUUCCAACAGGAAUCUGAUGGGAGACGCUUUGAGUAACUUAAGUGUCAAGGAACUAAAACAGGUUGAGAACCGCCUUGAGAAAGCCAUCUCCAGGAUCCGGUCCAAGAAGCACGAGUUGCUUCUAGUUGAAAUCGAAAACGCGCAGAAAAGGGAGAUUGAGCUUGAUAAUGACAAUAUCUAUCUCCGAACCAAGAUAGCAGAAGUGGAGAGGUUUCAACAACAUCAUCAUCACAUGGUUAGUAGUUCAGAGAUCAACGCGAUCGAGGCUUUAGCUUCUCGCAAUUACUUUGCUCAUAGCAUUAUGAGUGCUGGUUCUGGAUCUGGAGCUGGCAAUGGAGGUUCUUACUCUGAUCCCGACAAGAAAAUCCAUCUCGGGUAA